CCCUCCAGCUGAGUGCAGCUCAGCGAUUCUCUCUCUGCUCGGUAGCGCCUAUGCAGUAUUGUUGUAGUUGUAGAUGCGUGGUCCAGAGGAUCCCGGGCGAUCCACCGAACACGUCGUCUCCUCUCGUUUGAAGCGCAGAAGACACCGCAACAUGAUGAACUCAAGGACGGCUUACAUCAUCAGAAAACAUCUCUUAUUGAACCACCGGUCUGCUGUUUCCGAGUUUGAUGGACUCAGUCGUUUCUUCACGACUUGACAGGCAGAGAGCCUCUUCUCGCGGUGGAAGGUCGCUUUUCUAAUGGUUUUGUAUGAGAUCAUUUGGAUUUAUUUAUUCUUAAAGAGCUGAAUCUGCGCUUUUAUCUGUCAAAUUCUGUAUGAUUGCACUUUAGGUGAGGUGAGUUCUCUAUACAUCCAACGCUACUCACCGGAGUUCCCCUUGAAGCGCUUCUGGAGACCCGAGGAGAACCCAUCGCCACCUCCUCACCGGCCGGGAGGAAGAUGUUGCCUUCGCAAGAAGCUUCCAAAAUAUACCAUGACAACUACAUGCGGAACUCGACGGCCAUCGGCGUUUUAUGGGCCAUAUUCACCAUACUUCUAGCCAUCAUCAACGUGGUGGUGUUCUUCCAGCCUUUCUGGAUCGGCGACAGUAUGAACACUCCGUACGCCGGUCACUUCGGUUUGUUCAACUACUGCGUGGGAGGGGGGAACCCCAGGAACGACCGGGAGCUCACCUGCCAGGGUACAUUCGCCGACUUCAGCUCCAUCCCAUCGAACGCCUUCAAGGCGGCCUCGUUCCUCGUACUGCUGGCCGUGGUGCUCAUCCUGGGCUGCAUCGCCUGCUUCGCGCUCUUUUUCUUCUGCAACACGGCCACGGUAUACAAGACGUGCGCGUGGAUGCAGCUGCUCUGCGCCCUGUGUCUGGUGUUUGGCUGCAUCAUCUUCCCUGACGGCUGGGAUGCGGAGGUGAUCCGGGACAUGUGUGGCGAGGACUCUGGGAAGUAUGCGCUGGGGAACUGCUCGGUGCGCUGGUCCUACAUCCUGGCCAUCAUCGGCAUCCUGGACGGCCUCAUCCUCUCCUUCCUGGCCUUCGUGUUGGGGAACCGGCAGGACAGGCUCCUUCUGGAGGAACUCAGGAUGGCCAGCAGAGAUUUUGCAGUGUCGAGGAUCGAGGUCCGGGACUCCAAGGGCCCGCGCUACGCCCUGCAGCGGUUCCGUUGAGGUGGGGGCGGCCGGCUGCUGCUCCUUGAUCCGGCCAAACAUGGCUUCUUCUCCUCUUCACCUCCUUCGCUUCUUCAAGACCCAAGGCCCCUAGCCCCCGAGACCCUGACACCCCCCCGAGGCCCCUAGGCCCCGAGACCCUGACACCCCCCCGAGGCCCCUAGGCCCCGAGACCCUGACACCCCCCCGAGGCCCCUAGGCCCCGAGACCCUGACACCCCCCCGAGGCCCCUAGGCCCCGAGACCCUGACACCCCCCCGAGGCCCCUAGGACCCGAGACCCUGACACCCCCCCGAGGCCACGACCCCCAGAGGCCACGACCCCCCGAGGCCCUGACCCCCCCGAGGCCACGACGCUCUGAGGCCCAAACUCCCCAAGACCCAGACUCCUCGAGGCCAUGACGCCCCGACCCCCCGCGGCCCCGACCCCCCGCGGCCCCGACGGGCCAGAGGGGUCUACAGAAAAACAGAAACACUUUUCCUAUUUUAAGUUCAAAACCAAUCCAAGGAUGGAAAGGUUCUAAUAAUGCACACUUGAGGGACUUUUAUCAAAAUGGUCAACGGUGGUGGAGAUGAUAAGGCGUACUGAUGCUAGUAACCAUCUUUUAAUUCAAAGUUAAUAAGGAAAGGUUGGAAAUCUCUCCAUCUUAUUGCUCACCUCCGUCUAAAGCAGCCGCUGUUGGGCGCUACACGACAGCUAGCAGGCCUAAACAGAGAUAAGAUACAGAUAACAAUCAUCGCUUAGUGCUCCUUUAAGAAAAUAAAGUUAUAUUAUCAUGCACAGACAUAAGAGCAUAGGUGCUACUUACGACAAACUAAGAAAUUUGUGAAAAACAGUUCAGUUUUAGCAGGCCACUACACACUUUGUUAAUUCGGGGGGCCUCAUAUAUGCUGAUAUGCAAUGAUCAGAAUACAAAAGAACGUCAAAUCAAACAAAGGAAUAAUCCUGGUCUUCCGCCUGCUGAGGUCUGCUGUUUUCCACAACUGUGAAAGCCUAAUGUGUUGAAUAAACUCUUCUCCAUUUUGAGGAAUACCUCUCUGUCAACUUUCACCUUUUGCAUUAGCGGCCAUUAUCCUGUUCCUAAAGUGUGCUUCCUUAGUGGGGUCCUGCUCCGUCCCUGCCUCUCGCUAGUCCUCCUGGUGGCCAGCAGCAUGCUGCCUCUGAGGCCUGCAGCAAUACCAGACCCAAACGGCCACUACUGGGAGGCCAGCCUGGGUGUUUGAAUCAAGCAGUGAAACAACAACAAGCUUCUGUGCAGAUGUCACACACACACGCGAUAAAACACACACACACACACACACACACACACACACAGCGAUGAUGUCUCUUCUCCAGCCAGUUCAGGACAGAGUUGGUGUUCAGGGGGCGCUGGGAUCAGCAGUAGUUUUAGAACUAGAAGAAUUCAACAACUUUGAGGUUGACUUUCAAAUGUUGAGUACUCUCUUAUAAUCUUAAUCGAUUUGGUUCACUACAAUCAUUCAAAAGAACAAAGUACAAGAACAAGCGUCCUGCAGGUUGCCGGCCGACAGCGCAGCCUGAGAUCCACUUAUCCACCACAAGCAUUCAUUCUUCACCCGUGAACUUACUGGGGUGGGGGCUGACAGUGGGAGUACACCUCAGUUUUAGCUAGUUGGGAGGUGAGGGUUGUUCAUGAGGGACAGUGGUCCACAGAGACACCACUCUCUGAUGCUACGCAAAUAUGAAUUUAAUGCUACCCAGAACUGUUGUAGCUGUGUGUGUUUGUGUGCAUGUGCGUGCGUGAGUAUGUGUUUGCUUGCGCGUGUGGGCAUGCCCGAUAAUUAGGGUCUUACAGAAUCAAGUAUUAGGGCUCCUGCAAAUAUUGGGAGACAGGUUUUUAUACGCUCUGCACAGUGGUGUGUAUGGUAUUCAGUCUUCCCUUUUUACCUGGGAUUUCAAGUCCCUGGCAGGUGGCAUCAUAUCCAACACAGACGGGAACCAUGGAAAACCAAAGGGCAGUGCUGACCGGUGAUUGGCUUGCCUUGCUUGGCUGGAGAAGAUCUUUAGGAGAAACACCUAUCGACUAGACCUCUCCACCAGUCACAGACUGCUGGUUUGGGUUUCUUGUUUCUUGAUUCAGUCACUUUACUUUUACUAAUCUUGUACAUUAAAUGUUGAUCAGACCGCCCACCAGUUAAUGCAGGAACCCAUAGAAUGGCUUUGCCUGUUUUACACAGGUAAAUUUUUAUAGGAUUAAUUCUGCGUAGGAUUUGGUGCAAUGGUUAAUUUGUAUGAACGGUUGGGGAAUACUUUAUCCUUGUUUGCAGGUUGAAUGUACAAGGGUCGUUUGUGUGAUAUUUUAACCACCAAUAGGAUAUCCUUCCCCUUUAAGUCCAACCCUUCUCCUCAGUCCUAACUUAAUGACUUUGUUUUCAGACUUUUGUUUGCUCUCAUUGUAAUUUGAUUUUUGAGUGUUGCAAGAGGCUGUGAUGGAUCACUGUUUAAAGAUAUGAAACCAAGGAUUAAAGCAAAGAGCUUCCAG